GUGUACUCCAUGAAUGAGCUUUACUUAUAGUCAAACGUUGUGUCAGCUUUCCAAAGAAAGAAGAAACAGAUAGCCUCUUUCUUUGAAUUGCCCACAACGGAAACAGAACACGCCCCGUUUUAUCUCUCUUCCCACUCCGACCUUCACCCCCUCAUGGCGUUCAUGAAGCUUUUCACUAUCUAUGCUUUCAUGUCCUGCUACACUUUAUCUCUCUCUUCCUCUGCCUCCUCUGACGUUGAACUUCUCUUGGGGAAAAUCAAAGCAUCCUUACAAGGUAGCUCCCAGAAUAUCAUCUUGUCUUCUUGGAACUCCUCUGUGCCUCUUUGCCAAUGGAGGGGUCUCAAGUGGGUCUUCUCCAAUGCCUCUUCUCUCCCCUGCACCGACCUUUCUUCUCCUCAUUGGACCAAUCCGUCACUCUUCAAAGACCCUCAUCUUCGUUUGCUCUCUCUUCAGCUUCCUUCCGCUAAUCUCUCCGGUUCCAUCCCCAGAGAGAUUUCUGAGCUCCCUAUGCUUCAGAGCCUCUAUCUCAACUUCAAUUCUUUGAAAGGACCAAUUCCUCUUGAACUUGGCUAUACUUCCUCCCUCUCCGAAAUCGAUGUGCGUGAAAAUUUUCUAAGCGGAAUUUUGCCUCCGUCCAUCUGGAAUAUGUGCGAUAGGCUUGUUUCUCUCAGACUCCAUGGAAAUUUGCUUUCCGGUUCUAUUCCAGAACCAGCAUUGCCGAAUUGUACUUACGACACUUUGCGAUUUCUUGAUUUGGGCGAGAACAACUUUUCUGGGAAUUUCCCAGACUUCAUUACUCGUUUUGGUGGGUUGAAACAGCUUGACUUGGGGAAUAAUAUGUUUGUGGGUUCGAUUCCUCAGAGCUUGGAGGGGCUGAGGCUUGAGAAAUUGAACCUUUCCCACAAUAAUUUUAGUGGAGUUUUGCCUGCUUUUCUGGAACCCAAGUUUGGUGUGGAGGUUUUUGAAGGGAAUAACCCGGACUUGUGUGGUCCGCCCUUGAGAAGAUGUGGUGGAAAUUCUAAUCCUAGACUAAGUGCUGGUGCUAUGGCCGGCAUAGUUAUCAGUCUGAUGGCAGGAAGUGUGGUUUUAGCUUCUCUGCUUAUAGGGUAUGUGCAAAACAAGAAGAAGAAGGGCAGAGGAGAGAGUGAGGAUGAAUUGGAGGAAGAAGAAGACGUGGAAAAUGGUGAUGAUAGUAAUGGUAGUGGUGGUAGUGGUGAGAACAAGCUUAUGUUAUUUCAAGGUGGCGAGAAUUUGACCUUAGACGAUGUGUUGAACGCAAAUGGGCAAGUUGUGGAGAAGACGUGUUAUGGGACUGUGUAUAAGGCAAAGCUUGCUGAUGGUGGGACCAUUGCUUUGAGGUUGUUGAGAGAAGGUUGCUGCAAGGACAGGGCUUCAAGCUUGCCGGUUGUAAAGCAACUAGGAAAAAUUCGCCAUGAGAAUUUGAUUCCUUUAAGAGCUUUCUAUCAAGGGAAGAGAGGGGAGAAGCUCCUUAUUUUUGAUUAUCUGCCUCUUAGAACCCUGCAUGAUCUUCUACAUGAAACUAAAGCCGGAAAACCAGUGUUAAACUGGGUCAGGCGACACAAGAUUGCAUUGGGUAUAGCUAGAGGGCUUGCAUGUCUUCACACAGGGCUUGAUUCUCCAAUUACUCAUGGGUGUGUCAAAUCAAAGAACGUUGUUGUGGAUGAAUUCUUUGUUGGCAGGCUCACUGAGUUUGGGCUUGAUAAGCUAUUGGUUCCAGCAGCAGCAGAUGAAAUGGUGGCACUUGCUAAGUCUGAGGGCUAUAAGGCUCCAGAGCUUCAAAGGAUGAAUAAAUGUAAUUCAAGAACAGAUGUUUAUGCAUUCGGCAUAUUGCUGUUGGAGAUUUUGAUUGGGAAGAAACCUGGAAAAAGUGCGAGAGGAAGUGAGUUUGUAGAUUUGCCUUCUAUGGUGAAAGUGGCAGUUUUAGAGGAGACAACAAUGGAAGUGUUUGAUGUGGAGAUAUUGAAAGGGAUAAGAAGUCCUAUGGAAGAAGGGUUGAUUCAAGCUUUGAAGCUAGCAAUGGGUUGUUGUGCCCCUGUGGCUUCAGUUAGACCCAGCAUGGAUGAAGUUGUGAGGCAGCUGGAGGAGAACAGACCAAGAAACAGAUCUGCUUUAUACAGCCCCACAGAAACUAGAAGUGGAAGUGGUACCCCAUUUUGAGCAGUUUCUCUUUCUGCAUGCGUGUCGGGUGGAUGAUUGUAAUAAUUUUCAUCUAGAGAAUGCAUUUUAGAAAGGGGAAAUCUGUGUUUUGUUAUUCAUGGAUGCAAAGAGACAUUUCUGGGUAUUACACAUGCAAUGCUAUGAGGAUCAAUGAUACUGAAGUAGUGUCCUAAAGGCUGAAAUUAAUAUGAAACAUGGGGAGGAAUUAGUUGAAAUUUGAUGAAAUAAUCCUGAGUGUCAUGGAUUCAUUAACUUUGAUCUGAUCAUUUUCUGAAGUUGGUACUCUUAUGGAGAUUGUACUAAAACUUUUGCUGGAUAAGUAUGUUUGAAGUAUUUGAAUGUCAAAUAUUUUGCGUUUA